AUGAAGUUCGCUACCUCCGUCUUCACCUUUGCGCUUCUUCUUGUGUUCACCAGAACCGUCCACGCCUUCAUCGAAGUCACCCCUUUCCACUUGAUUGUUCUCAUCAAGGCUGCCGUCUUCCUCAUCAUCUACAACGGCGAAAUCCCCGUCUCGCCUCUGUACCUGAAGCAACCCACCCUUCCCCCGCCUGUCAGGAAAACCCUCCGCAUUGAAGGCAUCACCCUCCAAGUGGCCAAUUCGCUGGCGGAUUUGCUGCUUGUGGUGCCUGCCGAAUUUUCGGCACCGUCCUCGAUUGUUGUCACCCCACUGGCGCCGGUGAUGCUACUUGCAUCGCCAGCACAACUGCUGUCACAGACUUUCAACCUCCCUACCCCGCCGAGUUUGUCCACUAUCUUGUCGCUGUUGCAACUAAUUUUCAAGCUCUUUAGCCCGCCGAUUUUGUAUAAGAUCAUGUCGCUGUUGCCGCUUGUCUUCAGCGCCGUGAAGGAGUUACCGUUGAAACAAGUUGAAUCCUGUCCCGUUUGCACGCCGAUUUCGGUACGUCCUGCGACGCUGCCUUGGAGCUUCAUCCUUGCGGGUCUCGUGUUUUACGCCAUCGUUCUCAGAUCUCACUUGGUCAAGAAGGGCGCUGCCGGCGCCGCUUUCAUCAAGCAGGAGCAAUUUUUGAGCUCAAAGUUGCCUGUCUGCGAAGAUGACAACGACGCUGGCGACUACCUUUUCGACUGUAGUGGUUUCAAAAACGUUAGGCUUGACUGUGACUCGCAAGAUGAGCCAUUCGUGGCCGCUGACGUCCUGAAAUUGAUGGAAGAUGCUGCCGCAAAAGUGCUUUACCCUGAAGUGACACACGCUGCAACCAUUGCCUCAAAGGCGAGAACGUUGGAUCCUGGGGCUGCUACUGGCCGCAACAGUCUCGAGACUCCACAUUUUUGUCCUGUCGGAGGGAGCCGUGCUGACACCGCCUCAGUGGCGAGAACUUUGAAUCCUGGGGCUGGUACUGGCCCCACCCGUCCCGAGACUUCAAAUUCUCAUACUGACGGUGGCAGCAUCGCCGCCCCCGAAUAUGGCAAAGACUCUCUGUGGCAAGAGCUGGAAACGUUAGUUGAAAUUCGGACAGCGAUUCUUACGGCUGACGGCUGGAUGAAACUCAACUAA